GCUAUAGUGGAGCACAGCUACGUGCGUGACAUGAUCUAGCCGCUGGACUUGGCAUCAAGACAUCAACAUCAUUGAUCCGAACAACACGCAUCAUGUCUUUGGACUUUGGUCUCCGCGACGUGCAUUGCCUUAUUACAGGCGCAGCCGGAGGCAUAGGGUUGGAAACCGUCAACAUCUUUCGCGCACUCGGAGCGCGAGUCACAGCACACUAUAAUUCGAAUCCUGGAGAGCUCACCAAACUAGAUGUGGUCACUGUGAAGGCAGAUGUGCGUAAUGAACAAGACGUGGAAAGGCUGUUCGAAGAAGCAGCCGAGAAGAAUGGUGGACCAGUUUCUGUGAUCGUGGUCAAUCACGGCAUCUGGCCAACGAAUGAUGCGCAUAUAGCAGAUAUGCAAUUAUCUCAGUGGAAAAAUACGAUUGAUGUAAAUCUUACCGGACCGUUUUUGAUUUGCAGGGCGUUUCUACGCGCUCUUCGCUCAGCGCCAGAUUCAGUCAAGGAUGCCGCUUCGAUUGUUUUUGUUGCGAGUACUGCUGGCAAAUUCGGCGAAGCUGGACAUGGCGACUAUGCUUCGACAAAGUCUGCUCUACAGCACGGCUUGAUGCUUACGCUGAAGAACGAGAUUGUUACUAUUGCGCCGAGAGGACGAGUGAAUACUGUUAGUCCAGGGUGGGUAGCAACACCCAUGGCAGCUGAAACGCUCAAGGACAAGCGCUUCGUCGAGAGAGCUCUUGCAACAACGCCUCUGCAGAAAGUGGCCACGCCCGAGGAUGUAGCACGCCAGAUUGCAGUGCUCGCCUCGCCUGUGCUGAGUGGGCAUAUGACUGGAGUCAAUGUUCAAGUUGACGGUGGUAUGGAGGGAAGGUGUCUGUAUCCGCCUACACUCUCGUAAUCCCAUGCAGACUUAGAAAAGUAGCUGAAGUAUCGAAUGCCAUUUGCACUUGUGCUGG